AUCUCUUAGCUGCAACAAUUCGCUGUCUCUGUUCUUCGGUUGGUGCUUUUAAUUUGAUUAUAUAUUUCUUGCAGUUUUGUUUUGUUGUUAAUUAGCGAACUGCAAGGAGAGGAGUGCUUGGUGUGUUAGUGAGAUACAUUGGAUACCGUUGGGAGAUUCUGAAGAAGAAUACUCAGCUAUGGGUUCCAUUCCAAAACUUUCUAUUCUAAAGGGUCCAACGAGGCAGUUUCAUGCGAACUCUUUGGAUAGCAUCUUUGAGACCGUUGCAACCUCUCAACAUGAAAACGAUGCGGCGUUGUUAUUUGAAGUAAAUGGAGAAAUCAGAACGCAUACCUACUCAGAUGUUAACAAAAUCACCAACAAAUUGGCCAGAACCAUUAUAGAAACCAUUUCAAACAAUCAGCUACCCAGAAACAAAGACGGCGACUACAUAAUAGGCGUAAACAUGCAUCCUAGCGAUCAUUUGAUUAUUUUGUUGAUGGCCAUUUGGAAGUCUGGAGCAGCUUAUCUGCCGCUUGAUCCAUCAUUCCCAGGGCCGAGAGUUGAGCAUAUUGUAAAAGAAGCGAAUCCGGCUAUGAUUAUAUACGAAACAGAUUCGAAGUUUUAUUUGGAUACCAUAAAACUGUCCUUCGAAGAGCUAGCCAAUAAGAGCACGCACCAGUCUGAGGAACCGUUGUCUAAAAGUGAAAAGGUUCGACACGUACGGGAUGAUCUAGCAGUUGUUUUAUAUACGUCUGGUAGUACCGGUGUUCCGAAAGGAGUUCGGCUACCGCAUAAAGUGAUUCUAAACAGACUCCAAUGGCAGUUUAGAAGAUUUCCUUACAGCCCUUCCGAAAAAGUGUGUGUUUUCAAAACAGCAUUAACGUUCGUGGAUAGCAUAGCGGAAAUUUGGGGGCCGCUAUUGAACGGUAGAGCCAUUCUCGUGAUUCCAAAAUCGGUUACUCAAGAUCCAGAAACAUUUGUUAAUGUUUUGGAAAACUAUAAGAUCGAGCGGUUAAUCUUGGUACCCUCCCUCCUGAGAAACCUUCUAACGUUUUUACAAAUGAGAAAAGAAGAUUUAUUCCUCAGAAAUCUAAAAACAUGGGUCUGUUCGGGAGAAACCCUUGUAGUUUCUUUGGUAGAAGAGUUUUUCAAGUACUUUCCUCAAAACGAGUACCAGCUUUGCAACUUUUACGGCAGUACCGAAAUAAUGGGCGACGUCACUUAUCACAGUAUCACAAACCCUGAACAACUGAAGCAUAUGAACAAAGUUCCAAUAGGUGCACCUCUGGAUAACACGAUCCUUUACCUUCUGGACAAAGAUUUCCGGCCGGUAAAAGCGGGUGAUAUCGGCGAACUGUUCGUUUCCGGUUUGAAUCUGGCCAGUGGUUAUGUCAGCGGAAGAGAUCCGGAAAAAUUCCUCGACAAUCCAUUAGCAAUCGAUCCCACCUACGGGAAACUCUACCGUACGGGCGACUUUGCACGUCUGGAGAAGGGGAUACUUUACUAUGAAGGCCGCACCGAUUCUCAGGUUAAAAUCAGGGGACACAGGGUAGAUACAGCAGAGGUGGAGAAAGCAGUCAAUUCUUUGGAAGGAAUUGAGAAAGGCGUAGUACUAUGUUAUAAACCAGGAGAAAUGAACCAAGCUCUUCUCGCGUUCAUUACAACUGAGAGUCCGAUGAGUGAACACCAAAUCGAGUUAAUGCUUAAAGAAAAAUUAGCGUCUUACAUGGUUCCACAAGUCAUACUGGUGGAAAAAAUUCCCUUAUUAGUGAAUGGCAAAAUUGACCGACAAUAUCUUUUAAAAUCGUACGAAAACACCAAUAAUAAUGACGACCUUGAACCAGCAAUUGACAUAAGCUACGAAGGAGUACCGAUCCACCAAAUAGAAGCAGCGAAAGUCCUUUUUGAAACAGUAGCAUGUGUACUAAAUCGAGCUGUCAGAUCUCAAAUUUCGAUCAACUCAAACUUCUUUGAAAUCGGAGGAAACUCACUAAAUUCUAUAUAUACCAUUUCCAAAAUGAGUGAACAAGGAUUUAAUAUAAGAAUAGGAGAUUUUUUGUCAGCUAUGGAUUUUGGAGAAAUAUUAUUGAGAAUGACUUCGAAUACAACAAUUCAUAUUGAAGCACCUAGUUUUUCAUACGAUUUGCUGAAACCUUGUUACAAAAGUGUUGUAUGCGAUAUGAUUACCACCAGUUUUUACGAAAAAGCCGAUUUGGAACAAUGGGUGAAACCUGACAUAUCUCCAAAGGAUUAUGCUGAACUAAUGGAAAAAUUAUGGGAGCCUUUAUUGGAGCAAAAUCUAAGUUUUAUUGUCAAGAACGAAUACGGCAAAAUAGUUGGAGUGGCUUUAAACUUCGACGCCAGAGACGAACCAGACGUUGAAAUAACCUCCAAAUUGACUGUGAUAUUCGAAUUUUUGGAAAGCAUUGAAGGACCUAUAAGAGACAAUCAAUUGCCCCCUGGUAAAGGAUCAAUUUUACAUUCUUUCAUGAUGGCUACACACUCCUCAUUGACACCAAAAGAAAACGUAGCUGUAAUGCAAUUCAUCGAAGGAGAAGUAUUAAACAUCGCAAAGGGAGCUCAUUUUAAGGGAGUCUUCACAACCAAUACCAACCCUCUUACGCAGCAACUGAGUUCCAUUUACAACUAUCAAACAAUGUUGGAUUGCCAAGUCAACCAAUACGUCGCCAGUGACAACACCAAGCCUUUCGGACUGGCACCCGACGACCAAAGAGCCAUCGUCAACUGGAAAUCCUUGGAAUAGACUUUAAGUAUCCAGGAGAUAUUUGUAUGGAACAAAAACGACGAGACUGGCGUAAUAUUUAUUUAUAAAUAAUUACGAAUCCAGGUCUCGGCAGUAUGUCUGCGUUGUGAUAAAGAAUGUGUACCUAGACUAUGUAAAGUCGUUUGAACUAAAUUUAAAUUAUUAGAUAUAAUAAUAAAAAUUACACUCUUUUUAAUUUAUAAAAAUUUUUUUUAAAAAUCAUCAUAGAAGAAGCGGUAAAAAACAGAGUUAUUAAGGUAAAGUUGGAGACCCCAAAAAUGUGUCUUAAUUUAGUCUACCUAAUCCAAUAAGAAUAACGGUAGUUUUUUGAAUAUGUACAUACUGCUUUAAGCUUUUAAGCUAUUUUAUGGUUAUUUGUUUUUAAUUUUUUUUAAUUUUAUUUCUUGUUCUUCUAAAGAAAAAUGUUCUUGUGAUAAUCUGGUUUUAAAUUCACAUUUAACGUCACUCGUUUCGUCAACGUAAUCUCUUAAUAUCGAUAUUACAAAAACUUUCAAAGUAAUUCUUCCCUUAAGGUGUAUAAUUAUUAUUUCUUCCUAUGGUCAAUAAAAGAGUUUUGUUUAGUAGUUUAUCAUUGUUUGUUUCCUUACUAUACAGAAAUGUCAGAAAUCGCGUUAUACUGUAUUGUCUAAACUCAGCACCAGAUUUAAAGGAAAUUUAGUAAUUAAUUUUAUCCUACGAUUAUCAAAUUUUGUUACUACGUCUGUCAGUAGUGGCUAGCUGUUUUUAUACAACUAAGAACAAGCCAAUAUCAAUUAAGUUAAACGCAAAACAUUAUUAAUUUGCAGUUUCUUAAUAAAAUUAAACUGCAUCAAUUAAAACAAUCAAACAAAAGCUUAAAUAUUUAAUCAUCAUCAUUUGGUGCUACAGCACUUCAUGAACUGGACUACCUAAAAACAUUCUUCCAUCCCUCCCUCAAGUGUCUGUCUCUAUCCCCUUACUAGAAUCUCCCUUAAAUCUUUCUGCAUAUCGUCCAGAUACCUGUAUUUGGGUCGCCCCCUUCUUUUUCUUUCGACUAUCCUAAUUAACAUGAUUAUUUUAAAGGGAUCACCUUUAUCCAUUCUGCAUAACGUGACCCACUCAUCUUAGGCGGUUUAUUUUAAUGGUUUUUACGAUAUCUGCAUCACCAAAAAGUCUAUUGAGUUUAUUAUAUCGCCUUCGCCAGAGACCCUGUUUGUUAACUCCGCCAUAUAUGGUUCUCAAUACUUUUCUCUUAAAGAUUGGUCUUCUUCUUCUUGUGGUGCUUAUUAGUUACAGAUGUUGGCUACUAGCAUGGCAAUUCUAACUUUAUUGACCGCAGCUCGAAAUAGUCCUGAAGUGGUCAAGAAAAACCAUUUUCGUAAAUUCUGGAGCCAAGAUAUUCUUCUUCUUCCUGGUCCCCUUUUUUCGUAAACCUUUCCCUGUAAUGUAAGCUACAGCAGAUUAUUCUAGCCAAGAUAUUCUAGCUUGCGCUAUUUUACUGUGGAUAUAAUUUCACAUGUUUUAUCCAUCCGACGUAGAAUCUCAAUUUUUGUUACUCGGUCCACCCAGGAGAUCCUCAGUAUCCGUCUAUAACACCACAUCUCAAACGCCUCGAGUUUUCCCGUGGAUGCCUCGGUUAGUGUCCAUGAUUCAACUCCGUAGAGCAGCACUGUAAACACGUAGCAUCUCAAUAAACGGAUUUUUGUUUUUAAGGGUAGGUCGCGGCUCUUAAAUAUCUUGCUCAUUAUGACAAACGCUGACCUGGAUUUUUCAUUUAUAUGUUUUAUCUCAACUGAGUGGUCCCAUUGGUUGUUUAUGGUGGUUCCUAAAUAGUAGUAACGGGGCUACCAGUAAUUGACUAGGUGGAAUGUUCUUCUUAUUAAGAAUAUAUAUCUAACUUAUUUAUGUGUUCUUGCUUCAAUGACCAGCUUUCAGGUCCAUCUUGCAUUAUCGAAAACACGUAGCAUCUCAGUGCUCUUACUCUCAGUUCUAAUCUAAGAUCUUUGUUGCAAAGAAUUGUUUUCAUGUAUUUGGUCUUUUUUAUCA